AUGCCCAAUAAUCAAAAAGAAUUGGAAAAUGAAGGCGCACAACUUAAGGAUGCGCUUCAUACAUGCGAGCAAAUUGAAAAAUUGGCUGAAAUUGGUUCGAACGUUGAUAUCGAAAAAGUUCAAAAUCGAAUAAUUGUUCAAGAAGAAACUUUGUCAAGACUUCAUAAGGAAUCCAAUGAGAAAUCAGCAAAAAUUGAGAUCCUCUCCGAUCAGAUUCGAAUCAAAGAGCAAAGUUUGGAAUCAAUGAAAGCUGAAGAAGAAGCUCUCAAAGCAACAAUAAAUGCCAUGAUUCUGGGACCUCAAGAAGAAGUUCGAAAAUGCGUUGAAGAAAUCCUGAAAUACUCGCCAUCCGAUAUGAAAGAGUUGACCAAAAUUGCGAAGCCUUCCGUCGGUAUUCGACUCUGCUGCGAGAUGCUGCGAACAAUUUUCGAUGCAAAUUUUAAACCUAAGAAAAAUGUUGCUGAAAUGUGGGCCGAAUCGCAGAAAUUUUUACUCGACAAAAUGUUUCUUGUAAAAGUUGCAACAUUUGAUGCGGAAAGUUUGACUGUUGAACAAAUGAAAGUUUUGAAAAAGUAUGUGGAACGAGCCGAAUUUAAUGCGAAUCGAAUCGAGAAUGAGUCUAGAAUUUGCGCUGGAUUGUGCCGAUGGAUAAGCGCUUUUUUGGAAUUAGCCUGCACACUUCGAUUAGUAGAAAGUCAGAUGGAAGAAGCAAAGGAAUUGCGAUCUCAAUUACGUCAAAUCGAAGACAAAUAUGAUGAAGAAAAUAAUGAAAUGAAAACAUUAAAAGAGGACGUGGAAAAUUUAUCCAUUUCGAUAAGAGAAAAUGAGCAAAAUCUCGCAAGUGAUAGAAGAUUAUGCGAUUAUCGGUUGAGAAGUGGCGAUCUUCUCGAAGCAUUGUCAUCACAUCGGAAACGAUGGGUUAAUGAAUUGACAAUAAAUGUGAAGAGAAGUGCAGAUCUUGUAGGAAACACUCUACUAUUUUCGAUUUAUCGCGCACUUUUAUUAGCAUAUCAUCAAUCAGUUUCGAUGACAGCGAUUCAAUUAUGUGCGAGACAUUUAACCGAAGAAAACAUUUCAUUUGAGCCAUCAGUGAUCACACAAUCAAACGUUGUUAAUACUAUACUAAGGAAUUUGCGCGAAUCUCGAAGAUUUUGCUUAUUCAUCAACAAAGAAAACGAUGACAUUCUGCGAAAUUUGAAGUCGGUGAUACCGAAUGCAACGUAUUUGGACAUGGGAUCGACUUCGUGGCAAGAACCAUCGUUUAUUACAAAUCUUUCGAAGUAUAUUUAUUCUGUCGUUCCAACGGUUUUCUAUAAUUUUCAAACAUGUCCACCGCCGGAAAUGUACGAAAUUCUUAUGAAAUCAGAGGACAAGGAAAUGUGCUAUCGGAAUAAACCAAUCGAGCUUCCAGAAGACAUCGUUUUUGUGUUUGUCGCCAAAAAUGAUAUUCAUAUUCCAGAUCAAAUCAAAAAACUGAUGGAAUUAAUCGUUGUUAAUAAUCCAAUUGAUCCGAUCGACGAUAAGGCGAAAAUGGAGAAACGCGAGUUGGCAAAUCUGUUAUGUGAAUUCACCGCUGCCGAUAUCCUUGAAUCGCGAGAUCUUGUUCGAAAAGCGUUGCAACUUGCACAGAGUUUAUAA